AUGUCGACUCCACAAGACUCCGUCAAUGACGAAUGGAUGCACGUUUCAAGAGGUCGUGGCAAGCGCGCAUCAGCACGACCACCUAUCCUCAAUAGCUUCCCAGCCAUCUCUAAAGAUCUGAAGAUUGCCACGAUUCGCAAAGAUCACGACCGCAAACUCAAGGCAUGGAGGAGUAGCACCUGCCGACAAACAUUGCAGCGAGUCUUUAAAACUCUGAGGCCUGAUGCUGGUUGGCAAGUGCAAAAUGCAAUUUGCCUUGCUAUGGGAAGUCUUAGUCGAGACAAUCUGGAGUGUCGACGACGGAGCAUGUGGCAGAUGGCCGUCUUCGUAGAUAUCAUCAGCUUGCUUGAAGAAGACACCCAGAAUACUAUUGAAGCGGCACUACAAGAUCCUGCUUUCACGGAUCUCGAUCGUGACUUUUUCCGCGAGUUAGGAAUGUCUGAUCUUCCCCUUGUCUUGAACACGACUAGGAAACCAGGUCUCGGACCAGCACAGACUCAGUGCGGCGAGAACUCAUUCAUCCUCGAGCUCUUUAUGGAUAUGGAAACACAGGGCAUCAGAGAGCUCGUGGAGGCGGACGUUGAGGUAUACAUCGGCUCAUCUUUGCAAUCCAGGAUUGAUCGCGCCGGGACGACACACGAACAGAACAAAUUAGCGUUGGCCUUUGAGCGAAGAUAUCAAAUGCAUAGAUUUCCGACAUUCGUUGAGGAUCCUAACAUCUUCGAAGGGCUCUGCAUUUUUACCAAGAAACGCGAUGAGGAUACCUGA